CCUGCAGCUACGCGGGUCGCGUCCACCCGCCGUGACGCCGGCGCGAUGAAGGCAAAGAACGUGAACUUGCUCUUCGCCUUCGUUGCGACCCUGCUCUUUUGCUUCUCCUGUUUCUGUAUCUCCAAGAUGAACCAAACCAGCAGUCAACUAAUUAAUUGCAGAAACCAUGUUUUGGAGUUUAGGAAAAAUAUGCUACGUUUAAAAAAUGAAAGUGAAAAUCAUCGCCAAAAUCUACUGCAAGUCUUGAACCAAGUGAAGUAUGAAAUUGCCCAGACAGCGAAUGCCUCCGGAGACUUCCUUGAAAGGAAAGUGAGCAGACUGAGUGAGAAUGAAAUACGUCCCAAUGGAUUUGAAGGCUUGAAGUUCUUCCUCCCUCAUCUGAGGACAGUGGAGAGAAUUUACCCGGACAUAGCCACUGGCAGAGGGAAAGCAGGCGUGUCUUUCGCACUGGGAAUCACCACCAUUGGCAGAAGGAACCAUACCUACCUGAAGCAAACGCUGACCUCUAUUCUGUCCAGGAUGACCCCUGAAGAAGAGAAAGACUCUGUGGUGAUUAUCUCUGUCGCCGAUACUGGUGAUUAUUUGAACUAUGUGGUCGACAUGGUUAAAACAAAAUUCAAAAGACAAGUGCAGUCUGGGUCCUUGGAAGUCAUUUCAAUACCCACCUUUUUUUAUCCGAGUGUAUUACUGGGCAAGAAAACAACGGAGGACUCAGAAAGUUGGCAAAUGAAACAAACAUUGGAUUUUUGUGUUUUGAUGCUGUAUGCCCGACCUAAGGCCACGUAUUACUUACAGCUAGAAGACGAUAUCAUAGCAAGAAAGAUGUAUUUUACAAAAAUGAAAGAUUUUGUAAAUAGUCUCACUUCGGAAAAUUGGUUUUAUAUUGAAUUUUCAGUACUUGGAUUUAUAGGAAAACUCUUUCGUUCGAAGGACCUGCUUGACUUUGUCCAUUUUUUCUUGAUGUUCUACAAAGUGAAGCCCAUAGAUAUGCUUUUAGAUGACAUCUUCCUGGUGAAGAAGUGCAACUGGGGAGAGCAUAUUAUUUUUGCCUCAGACUUACUUGUAAAAACACCAUUGCGCCCUGACCAUCUGCAGUGUGUAGGUGGGUCACACCCAUCCGUCCGUCUUCACAGUGCCACACAGAAGCUUCUUCUGUGGGACCUUCCCAGGACUCCGGGCACCUUUGGGAGCCUCAACUGGAGCUGCAGCCUCACCCUUGGUUUUGAGUCUUGGGCUUUAGUGUCAGAGCCUGAAACCCUUGACCCUGUAGCCUGAAAUCUGCUUCCCAGGCAUGGGCUGAGUGAAGAAGGCAAGAUGGCUGAGUUUGUACUGGGGCCCUUCAGCAUCUUGGGCUUACCUGGUUGGCUUGGACUUCCCAGGGACCUCAGUGGCUCCUCACACGCACUGACUGCCUUCACGUUGCUUGCCUGCCCCUCCUUCAUGUCCUUCUUCCGUGCUUCUCGGCAAAGCACAUUCUCCUCAGGAACUCCCAGGGGAUUCCUGUUUCUGGGACCGGGGUUUCUAUUCCUAUUGUUGGCUAUGUCUGUGCUGUUUUGGGGAUUGCUUAUGUGUGGUGUGGGUCUUCUCCAUGUUUGCAUGGUAAUUUGUUCAUCACGCAGCACCUGAGACUUUUGGAACAGUGUGCUAAGCACUGUAGCCAGGGUCUCACUUGUGUUCAACAAGCGCUCACCUCAGCCCCAGAAUUUUAAAACACUGAAUAAGAGGAGGCCGUUCCAGCAGGAGCUUGACAUGAAAACCAAAGGGGAAACAAGAAACCCAGGUCAGCACUUGGAGG